AUGGCUUGGUUCGGCAGCUCAUCAGAAGACAACGCAAAGGCCCCAACAAGAUCAACAAGAAAACAAUGCUGGGAUAGUAGAGAUAAAUUCUUUGUUUGCUUAGAUGGACUCAAGAUCGAUAACGCCUUGGAUGAUUCAAAACAACAAGAGAUCAAGAAACACUGUGCUGCCCAGGAAAAAUUAUUCGAAAGAGAUUGCGCCCAUAGCUGGGUCAAAUACUUCAAAGAACAACGGUUCUAUGCCAUCAAGAAGGAACGGUUCAUAAAGGAAAUGGAAGAACAAGAUGCCUCGCCACUUCCUCUCUCUGGUAAGAAGUGA